GGUAACUAAGGCCGCCGUAACCAUGUGACGCGGAAGGGAACCAUUGUGUGCACCCAUGCAGUGCACGCAAAAAACAAGUCCAUGUGUGUUUCAUGCACAAAACUAUGUUGUGAUUUUUCGUACAGCUGAGGUAUCUAGUGAAGUUCGGUACGGGCAAAUAAUGGGCUAACCUAUGGUUUAUUCCUUACCAUGUCAAUUAGGUUUGAGAACUUUUGUUAACACGAUGUAACUGUCGAUGCUGUUGGCAAAGGAGGGAAAAAAACAACUCAAAAAGUGAAAAAGUAUCGUAGGUUUAGUUUGGUAAACGUCGGAAAGUAAUUUGUCUUCUCUCUGCUCUGGUGGUUUGAAACUACACUCAAGCAAGAAGUAUGGCGACAGUAACUGCAGUAAGGCCAACAGAGGGCACCUCUGGAAACCAAUACACAGACCUCCAGGGAAGAGAGCGAUGUAUCUACUUAGCAACUCCCAAAUCAUCCAAGGCAGUUUGGCUAACGAGUUUAGGGCCCAAGUUGGUAUGGGGCAACCAAGAGACCAUUCUGCCAAUCAGCAAGGCAGCCAUGCAGUCUGAAGCAUCCCCAAGAAUUGGGCAGCUUUCUGUUCCUAAGAAAAACUUCCGCAGUGUCAAUGAUGGAGUCAAGCGGAUCCAUGUGUACAGCUGUGGGCGUAACUCUGUCAUUUGGGAAGUCAGUCCUUUGGCAAUGAAGGGGAAUGCAUCCCAUAGAGUGUCAGAACUAUCAAGAUUUAAGAUUCCUCCAGCAGCCUUCAAAGAAGACAGAAUAAAUGGCGCUUUGAGCUGUGGGAGAGAAUCUCCUAUAUGGGAAGUGAGUGAAGCAGCAAAGCGUGCCAAAAGUAGACUCAGAUUAGAGUCUUUGGCCAAGGAGAAAAUGCCCCACAGAGAUUACCAGCCUCCCAGAGAGAUUGAAUCUGUUGUGAGUGACACUGCAAAGAAAGCAAUUGCUUCAGCAAGACUAGAGAGUCUAUCAAGGGCCAAGAGUCGACCUGAAGGCCCGUUUAGAGACUCCAAAUGGCCGGUAUCGGACUUGGCCAGGAACGCCAGUGCGACACCCCGUCAGUUAGAACUAGCUAAGCCAAAGGGACUAGUUGAUGGAUACCAACAUGAGCGCCCCGUCCAAAGGGAUAUAAGUCGCGCCUCUCGACGUACCAUCGCGACCACACGCACCGUAGACCUAGCGCGACCAAUCAUGCGCGCCACAAUGGACCAUGUGCAAUUCAAUCCUGAUGCGUUUAUCGUAAGUGAUGGAGCCAAGAGAGCGCGAUGUCCGCCGCGUAUUGAGGAAUUAGCACAGCCUAUGACAAGAAGUUAAAACAGCACACUAUGCAAUAUAUUAUCUAGAUUCAAGUGUGCGUCCAGACAAUGUGCUUUUUUUUAAUUAAUACACAAAUAUAUAAAAAUGUAGCACUGAUUAUACAAACACAAAACGUAAAACAUACUGUUUGAUAAUAACUUACUCAUUUUAUACUAAACCGAUUUAGCACUGAAGAAAUUUGCAUAACAAAAAUACAACACGAACACCUUAAGAGUCAUGGUAUUUUGUUGAGUAGUUUGUUUUAAAAAUAUUUGAAUAAAAAUAUGAUUGGUACUUGAAAACAAUAUAAAAAACUGUUUCAUCAGAGAGAAUAGCUUUGGCGGUCAGGUCCUGGGCUGGAGUGAAUGUACAUGUACAAUGUUUUGUGUUGUUUGCCAGAAAAAGUGAGCAUUCACCAGAAUUUCACAAAACAAUUUUUUGCUUGCAGGUAAGCUUCCUUUUUGACGGGUUUCUUAGUUUACAUGCGGAUCGUUUCCCCUUGUAUAUGACAUUACAAGCAGAAACAGCACCCUCACUGAGGUCGAAAGAAGACCUUUCAUUGGCUGAGAGUUUACGUUGCAUGUACAUAAAUACGUGCACAUUCGACCUCGGCAAUGGCCGCGUGCUUUAUGCAAGGUUUCUUUUGCAGGAAUGUUAAACUUUGCUGGAAGCUAGGACUAAUGUCUAAAGCCUGGUUAAUACUUCCUGCAAUUGCUUCGUGCAAUGCGAAUGACAUUGCGUCACAGAGGGAAAGGGAGCGCGUACCGAUUGUUGCCUCACCAAAAUUCACUUUGCAUUCACAGGAGGUAUUAACCGGACUUUAAAGACGAAUUUGACUGGUUAAAUUUCAAUAUUUUUUUACAGACAAUGUUACUUCGCUUUCCAUCAAUAACAGUUUAAAGCAAGCGUUUGUUUUCUGUUUUAAAAACUUGUUCAUAAAUGCAAUUCUUAAUGAGGCCAUGUGUAUGUGGUUUUUGAUAUUAGCUACAUAUAUUUUUUACAGUAUUUUAUUUUGGUAUACCUUUUAACUUGUUAACCCUCAACAGUGAAAAGAUCCAAUUUACCAAACAGUGUGCUAGUUUGCAUCAACGAAAAAGAAUGCUGUAUUUGUUAAAAGUAUUACCGCAUGGAUUGUGUGUGAUUAAACUGUAUAAAAAUGUCAACUUAUCAAAUCCAAUUCUUCCUUUCCUUAAAGGGAAGGUACACGUUUGGUAAUUACUCAAAACAAAUAUUAUUUUAAAAACUUGCUUGUUAGCGAUC